AUGGAUCCAGAACGUCGUUGGAAGCUCGUGCUGGACAACCAUCUCUGUCGCACGUGUCUCGGUAAGCAUGGUCGUAGGCCGUGUAAAUUACAAUCAACCUGUGGAGUGGAAAGCUGUCGUAUGCGUCAUCACCCACUGCUGCACGCGGCGCUUUACAAGCAGGACAAAACUGCAAGGGAAGAAUCCAAACUAGCAGGGGCUGCAACCGAGAACAUUGAGAAGGUGAACGCACACCACAACCCAAAGCAAUCAGUUCUGUUCAAAUUUCUUCCUGUGCGUUUGUUCUGGAAGGAAAGGUCGGUGGAGACUUUCGCGUUCCUUGACGAUAGGUCGAACGUUACUCUUGUGGAAGACUGGGUAGCGAAACGUUUGGGAAUUGACGACGAUGAAGAUCUACCACUGUGCAUGAGUUGGACAGGCAACGUUACCCGCUAUGAACCCAAUUCACAACGAGUUUCGCUAGAGAUUGGUGGUGCAUCCCUCUCGGCAAGGUUCAUGCUGAACGACACCCGUACGGUGAAGAAUCUCGGUCUUCCUAGGCAGUCUUUGAAUUUCGGAGAGUUGGCUCAACAGCACUCCCACUUGAAGGGAAUACCUUUAAACAGCUAUGAAUCUGUUUCUCCUGGAAUCCUGAUCGGUUCCAACAACGCCAGUCUAAUAGCAGCUUUGAAACUGAAAGAGGGUCAACUUAGCGACCCGAUUGCUUGUAAAACUAGGCUUGGUUGGACACUCUCGGGGAUGGCAGAAGAGGGCGACAGCUCAGUUAAAGUGAGUCUACACAUCUGUGCGCGUAGCCAAGACAGUGAAUUACACGAUCUAGUGAAAGAAUUCUUCUCCGUGGACAGCGUAGGAGUAUCGGUGGAAAAGGGUCCAGAGUCCGAUGAUGAUAAGCGGGCUCGUUCGAUUCUGGAGCGGACAACCAGACGCGUGUCGAACCAGUUUGAGACGGGACUCAUGUGGCGUUACGAUCAGUUUAAGUUCCCCAACAGCUUUGGUAUGGCGAAGCGAAGGUUGGAGUGCUUCGAGAGGCGGAUGAAAGCAGAUCCAGAACUUCGAGAAAGCGUUCAGCGACAGAUUAUCGAGUAUCUGCAAAGCGGCUACAUCCACUUGGCGACCGCGGCAGAACUGAAAUCGGCGGACCCUGGUAGGGUGUGGUAUUUACCGUUAGGGGCCGUUCGAAACCCGAAGAAACCCGGGAAAAUUCGGCUAGUCUGGGACGCUGCAGCGAAGGUUCAGGGUGUCUCAUUUAACAGUAUGCUUCUGAAAGGUUCUGAUCUCCUAACAUCGCUGCUGGAGGUUCUGUUCGGAUUCCGCGAGCGGAAAGUAGCGAUCUGCGGGGACUUGAAACAGAUGUUCCACCAGUUUCGAAUUCUACCUUGCGACGUUCACUCACAAAGAUUCCUAUAUCGGAAAGAUCCCUCGCACGCAAUCCAGGUGUACGUGAUGGAUGUAGGUACGUUUGGAUCUACGAGCUCGCCAAGUCAGGCACAAUUCAUUAAGAAUUUGAACGCUGAAGAUCACAAAAACGAGUUCCCUAGGGCAGCCGCAGCAAUCGUGUCCAAGCACUACGUCGACGACUAUUUGGACAGCUUCGACAGCGUAGACGAGGCCAUUAAAGUGGCUUUAGAAGUGAAGCAAGUACACGCGAAUGGAGGAUUCAUGAUAAGGAACUGGCUUUCCAAUUCAGAGGAGGUUCUUCGACGAGUCGGGGACCCUGGACCCGAUGAAGCCAAGUUGAUCGAAAUCAAUAAGGAGAAGGCUGUUGAGCGGGUUUUGGGGAUGUCCUGGAUCCCGAAGGAUGAUCAAUUCAUGUACGACGUGGAUUUGAACGUGAACGGGAUUACGCCGACGAAGCGCAACCUGCUACGGUGCGUUAUGAGCAUCUUCGAUCCAUUGGGGUUGCUAUCCCACUUUCUGGUCCACGGACGGAUUAUCAUCCAGGAUAUCUGGAGAACCCAGGCAGGCUGGGACGAAGGAGUUUCCGGUGAAAUAAAGGAGAAAUCGCGCCGUUGGAUUGCUGGGUUUGAAGAGCUUUCGAGGAUGCGCAUCGACCGUGCGUACUUUCCUGGAUUCUCAUCUGCAGAGAUCGGUCCAUUACAACUCCAUGUAUUCACGGAUGCGAGUGAGGAUGCAUACGCCUGUGUGGCCUAUCUUCGGGCGGAAAUCAACGGGAAUAUUCACUGCGCUCUCGUGAUGUCGAAGGCCAAGGUGGCGCCGCUGAAAGUCUUAUCCAUUCCUCGUCUCGAGCUUCAAGGUGCUGUCUUGGGUGCUAGGGUAGCGAAGACUAUUAUCGCAUCUCAUUCACUAUCCAUUGUCCGUCGCGUAUUGUGGACCGAUUCGGAAACCGUGCUUGCCUGGAUAAAAUCGGAUCACAGACGUUACCGACAGUUUGUCGCCUGCCGAAUAGGGGAGAUCCUGGAUAAAACCAAUGGUGAAGAUUGGAAUUGGAUCCCGUCGAAGCAAAAUGUCGCGGAUGAAGCAACUAAGUGGGGAAAAGGUCCCUGCUUCGGUCCCAACUCCAGAUGGGUUCGGGGUCCCGAGUUUCUACGUCGUCCGGAAGCAGAGUGGCCGAAGAAAACUACAGCGCAACCGUUGGAGACUACUGAAGAGCUACGUGCUUGCUUGAUUCAUCGAGAGGUCGUCGUAGAACAUUUAGUGGAUUUCAGACGCUUCUCAAAGUGGGAGCGCCUGCUGCGAACGAUUGCGUAUGUCGUCCGAUGCUUCGAUAAUGCCCGUCGUCGCAGAUUGGGGAAACCAAAAGAAAUUGGGAGGUUGUUGCGCGAUGAGUUACAGCGGUCGGAAUCAGUUCUUUGGCGUAUGGUACAAGCCGAAGUCUAUCCGGACGAAGUCGCCGUGCUGCUUAGUGGGAGCCCGGUGAGGAAGAUUGAUAAAACGAGCAAAAUCUACAAGUUAUCGCCGUUCGCUGACGAAAGGAGUGUCCUACGCGUGGACAGUCGGAUUGGAGCUGCAACGAGUGUGACAUAUGAUUUCAAGUUUCCCAUAAUUCUACCACGUUACCACCGGCUUACUGAACUCCUCGUCGAUUGGUAUCACCGGAAGUUCCGGCACGCAAAUAACGAGACUAUAGUGAAUGAAAUCCGACAGCGUUUCCAGAUACCGAAUCUCCGCACAGUUAUACGCCAGGUCACAAAGAAUUGCCAGAGCUGUAAAAUUCGUAAGGCAUCUCCCGUUACUCCGAAGAUGGGUCCAUUACCUGCGGCACGAUUGGAGCAGUGUAGCCGACCGUUUACCUACGUAGGUAUCGACUAUUUUGGGCCGAUAUCGGUCAAAAGAAGUCGCAGUCUCGUGAAAAGGUGGGUCGCCUUGUUCACGUGUCUUACCGUUAGAGCCAUCCACCUGGAGAUCGUGCAUUCCCUCACGACAGAGUCUUGCAAGAUGGCCAUCCGUCGCUUCAUUGCUUAUCGAGGUGCGCCCAGCGAGAUAUACACCGAUAACGGGACGAACUUCAAGGGUGCUAGUCGCGAGCUACUGCAGGAACUCAAAACCAUCAACAACGGUCUAGCUAACACCUUCACGGAUGCCAACACGAAGUGGGUCUUCAAUCCCCCCUCCGCCCCACACUUUGGAGGUGUGUGGGAACGCCUUGUACGCUCCGUCAAGGUUGCAAUGGCAUCGCUGCCCGCUUAUGGGAACCCAGAUGACGAAACGCUACAAACAAUCAUGGCUGAAAUCAGUGCCGUAAUCAAUUCGCGGCCGCUGACCUUCAUACCUCUUCAAUCGACGGAACAGGAGGUUUUAACGCCGAACCAUUUCAUUCACCUGAGUUCAGACGGAGUCGUGCGUACCAGAAAACCAUUAUCAGAGUGUCAUGGAGUCUGCCGUACCAACUGGGAUAUGUCAAGGCUGAUGGUUGACCAGUUCUGGAAGAGGUGGACGAAAGAGUACUUGCCAACCAUCUCGAUGAGAACAAAAUGGUUCGACGAAACGAAGGCUCCGCAAAUAGGAGAUCUUGUGGUCCUGGUGGAGAAAAAUGUUCGCAACGGAUGGAUCAGAGGUCGCAUAAUCUCGGUGGUGACAGGACGCGAUGGCCGCGUACGACAGGCCGUCGUCCAAACAAACGACGGAGUUUUUCGUCGUCCUGUAUGCAAGAUCGCGGUACUGGACGUGCUUUCAAAGGGUAAAACUGAGCAGCUUUACGAGUCGGGGAGUGUUACGGACACUGGCAGCACUGCCGUAUCUGUUCCGCGAUCAUUGUCGAAUCCCUCGAUAACUGACAAUCUUGCUUCUAGACAAUCCAACCAACAUUGCCACUUUCAACAAAACCAUCAUGGAACGGUCGAAACCUCCUUCCUAAAAACGAAAACCACUCCGGGGAAAAAAGCGUUGCAUUGGUGGUCCGAGGACAUCAAAGGUGAGGUCAAGAAACGGAGAAACUUUCUGCGUGCGUCCAAACGACUACGAAUCGGAGACCUGAUGAAGGAAGCUGCCAUGAACAGGGCACACACCCCCAUUCUUCAAGUGGAUGGUAUAAUCCUCAGCAAUCCGGCAGAUACUUCUAACGCGCUCGGGGAAUAUUUCACGGGACUGUCCUCAAUUUCCGGAUAUGAGCCCGAGUUCAUCCGUCGACAGGGAGCGGAUAUCACUUCGGUCAGCAACUUUGUGGUCUCUGUGAGUCUUCCUAAUAAUCCUCUCAACUGGAACUUUCCAUCGCCCUACGUUCCGCCAAAGCGGAAGCUGCUCGACGAAGCAGCGAAACGGCAAGGUUCCAUUUCAAGUUCUGCAUUGAAAGUCAUCCACGACGGUAAGGAGAAAAAACAAAUCGUUUGUCACUACUGCAAAAACCUGGAACACAAGCAGAGCGAAGGCCGGAAGUUGGUUCGUGACUCGGAGAAGGGAUCCAAAACUGCUGAGAAACCCUCCAACAGGAAGGAAUCAGUGUCCUUCGCCCUAGCUGCAGGAUUAGUAAUAGUAAGCAGUAGAACCAAACCAUGGAUAGUAGAUUCCGACGCAACGCGACAUACCGUCGCUGAUCAAAAAUUUUUCCGAGAGCUGCGUGAAAGUGAAGUUAAAUUCGUUAACCUGGCAGACGGCAAGCAAGCGGUCGUACGAGCCGAGCCGGUUUUCGUCGGGAAGUUACGUUAA